AGCCGGUGGUGUGCGGGGAGGGCGCUCAGUGGUGCGGCCGGCGGGCGGCGAUGGCGGCCGUUCGGGGCCUGCGAGUGUCGGUGAAGGCAGAGGCCCCGGCGGGACCGGCCUUGGGGCCCCUGUCGCCUGAAGCGGAGUCCGGUUUGGACCGCGGCGAGCCGGAGCCCAUGGAGGUGGAGGAGGGCGAGCUGGAGAUCGUGCCGGUGCGGCGCUCGCUGAAGGAACUGAUCCCGGACACAAGCAGGCGAUAUGAAAACAAGGCUGGCAGCUUCAUCACCGGAAUCGAUGUCACCUCCAAGGAAGCAAUUGAAAAGAAAGAACAGCGAGCCAAGCGCUUCCAUUUUCGAUCAGAAGUAAAUCUCUCCCAAAGGAACGUUGCCUUGGACCGAGACAUGAUGAAGAAAGCAAUCCCCAAAGUGAGACUGGAGACCAUCUACAUUUGUGGCGUAGAUGAGAUGAGUACCCAGGACAUCUUCUCCUAUUUUAAAGAAUAUCCUCCAGCUCACAUUGAGUGGUUGGAUGACACCUCCUGUAAUGUCGUUUGGUUGGAUGAAAUGACGGCCGCAAGAGCCCUUAUCAAUAUGAGUUCUCUGCCGGCCCUGGAUAAGAUAAGAAGCAGGGAUGCCAGUGAGGACAAGUCAUCUGAGAAAAGUAAAAAAGACAAGCAGGAAGACAGUUCAGACGAUGACGAGGCUGAAGAAGGAGAAGUUGAGGAUGAGAACUCCAGUGAUGCAGAGUUGGACACAUUGUCUCAGGUAGAAGAAGAGUCUCUGCUAAGGAAUGAUCUUCGCCCAGCUAACAAACUUGCUAAAGGAAAUCGGUUAUUCAUGAGAUUUGCGACGAAAGAUGACAAAAAGGAACUUGGAGCAGCAAGAAGAAGUCAGUAUUACAUGAAAUAUGGGAAUCCAAAUUACGGAGGCAUGAAAGGAAUUCUUAGUAAUUCUUGGAAGCGAAGAUACCAUUCCCGUCGCAUUCAGCGGGAUGUGAUCAAGAAGAGAGCCCUGAUUGGGGACGACGUUGGCCUGACAUCCUAUAAACACCGACAUUCCGGACUAGUGAAUGUUCCCGAGGAACCCAUUGAGGAGGAGGAGGAGGAGGAGGAGGAGGGGGAGGACCAGGACAUGGAUGCCGACGACAGGGUGGUGGUGGAGUACCACGAGGAGCUCCCAGCGCUCAAGCAGACCCGCGAACGGAGCACAUCUAGGCGGUCCAGUGCCAGCAGCUCAGACUCUGAUGAAAUGGACUAUGAUCUAGAACUGAAAAUGAUUUCCACUCCUUCACCAAAGAAAAGCAUGAAGAUGACCAUGUAUGCCGAUGAGGUGGAAUCGCAGUUGAAAAAUAUCAGGAACUCCAUGAGGGCAGACACUCUAUCCACAAGCAAUAUAAAAAACCGAAUUGGUAACAAAUUACCGCCUGAGAAAUUUGCGGAUGUCCGACAUUUGUUAGAUGAAAAACGUCAGCACACACGUCCACGGCCACCAAGCAGCAAUACUAAAACAGAUAUACGCCAGCGAUUAGGAAAAAGACCAUAUUCUCCAGAAAAGCCUUUUAGUAGUAAUCCGGUCGUUCGGAGAGAGCCCUUUUCUGAUGUCCAUAGUAGGCUCGGCGUUCCCAGGCAAGACGUUAAAGGCCUCUACUCGGAUACUCGGGAGAAGAAAUCAGGUAGUUUAUGGACUCGCUUAGGAUCUGCAACCAAGACCAAAGAAAAGAACACGAAGAAAGUGGAUCACAGGACGCCCGGCACUGAGGAGGAUGACUCGGAGCUGCAGAGGGCGUGGGGGGCUCUGAUUAAGGAGAAAGAACAGUCUCGCCAAAAGAAGAGCCGGUUAGAUAACUUACCAUCUCUCCAGAUUGAAGUUAGUCGGGAAAGCAGCUCUGGUUCAGAGGCAGAGUCAUGAUGCCGUUGGAGCCAAGGCAGCUGCCCCAAAGCCUGCCGUCCUUGCGCUGGGUGGGGCGCGCAGGGGGACCCCUGCCUGCGGGCAUUGGCGCCCUUCGUCUUACACAGUCACACCCGCUCUUGCUCCAUCAGCAGGACAUCCUAAGAAUGUGACGUGUUUUGAAGGGCAUCUCUCUCAUCUUUUGCUGCAGAUGUUAUAGUUCUGGGCCCUCGGUUCUUUUCCCGCCGCCCCACAAGCUUUACCCUUUGAGGAAAAGGCAGCCCUCCAGAUUUUGUAGACAUUUUUCUUAAUAUUUUUAACAUUGUGUCUUUUAAAAGAAAUGUUUUACACAGUUCAUCCAAAGAGCAGAGAACUGAACUUCUCACUAUUGCCUUGGCCCUGACAGCUGUUCCCAGCACCCUUUUCCAAGAAAAGUCAAUUCCCAGGUGCUUAUUGGACAGCCUUCGAGGGGGAAGAUGAGGGAAGCUGCCAGCUCACCCUUCCAGGACCCUAGUGUGGGGGCCGAGCCUCAUGGACCUGACCUCAGAGGUGCACCAGUGCCGCCAGGUAGACAGAGCUGCAGCGUCGAUCGCGCCUCAUUCCUCCCUGGGGAUUUAUUUCUGUUAGGGCCUCGGUAGCGCUCCGCGUGACGCGAAGAUCAAGUUCAGUGCUCUGGGAUUUUUAGGAACAAAAACUGUGACUUCUGGAUUGGGGAUGGAUUUUUGUGCUAGGGGUGGGGUCAUGGGUUAAUGUUGAACAAUUUUUAAGUCUGUAUUAUGUUUAAAAAUAUUAAUGAUUUAAAAGUUAAGAUUUUUAAUUUUAUAUGUGAAAAUACUUCCUGUUGGCUACAAGGGAAGCUCCAGUGGUGUCUUCUUAUGUGCUGUUAAAUAUAUAUUCUAUACUUGGGAAGAAGGCAAGGAGAGGAGUCUCAUUAUUUUUAAAUGAUCCAGCUGUAUAGUCUGUACAUAGGGCUCAGCUUGUUUUUUGGCCACUGUAGGGGGAAGAAGCUAAGGUGGGAAUUUGUUGUUUGUUAUCACUUCAGAAGUGAUGCAGUGCUGUUUAUUCUUUCUGUCUCCAAGUUCUAGCGCCUGAAGACAUCUUCAGAACUGACAAGUAAGGUAAUGGCUAUAGAAAUGGUAGUUCCCCUAUUUCUAAACUGCUUGGAUUGCUUUGCCUUGAAAAGGCAGUCGUUUCUUUUGUCUCCCUGUCUGAUUUUUAUUUUGAAGUACGUGGUGUUUGUGUUUCUCUGCCAGCUAAAUAAGAGUGCUUUACUUUGAUUCAGUAGCGCUUAAGAGUUACUGAGAAUAAUCCUUUGUCCCUUUUGUGACUCCUCGCCUGUCUGGAGUGUUCCUGCAGCUCAGGGUUCGAGAGAUCUUUGCUCGUGUCUGAGCCAGUGGUCACACUGCGAGUUGGUUGCCCCGGGGUGUGACCGAAGGCAGAAGGAAGGCUGUUGUGAAUAGAAGGAGGGGCUGUGAGACUUGGGAGCUGCCGCAAAAACUCAGUUGUCAACAUUUGGUUGGUUAACCCCCUUUUUGCCCCUCCCUGUAGGGAGGUUAGAGAGUGUAACUGUAUGUUUGAGCUUUCUAACAGGAUUCUCGGAAAGCACUGGUUCUGGUUUCUCUGCCUCUUGAGACCUAAGGUUUCUGAGCUCUUCGCCCGUGAGGCAGGCAGCUGAGAGCCAGGUUCUUAAGGAGGCGGCAGGAGUUAGGGGGUUGGUCACGUGAGAAGCGCAAGCGCCUGAAUCAGAGACCUGGACACCACCCCCCGGCUCUGCUCCGUGGGCCUGCGUCUCAGCUCCCCUUCUAGAAAACGGAUGGGCUGGUACCAGAGCUGCUGGCUCUGUGGGUGCAUCCAUGGUGGUGUGCUCUUCCCGGAGCUGUGGCUGCAGCGGGCUGGCCAGCACCCCUGUCCGCGGCAGGUGGAGGGAGGGUCAGGGAGACAGCUGAGGGUGUGAGUGAGGGGCUGGGCAGGGGCUGACCCCCAUCCCGUUGCAGCCUCUGGGUCUCCUAGAGAAAGAAAGGUGUCCCCGUGGUCAGGGUCCCCGCUGACAUGCUCUGCGGUGUUCAGAAAACAUCCCUUCUUAGACUCUCUCGAGUUUCCCAGGCAUGACCUUUCCCCACCGUUUGUCCCAGAGCCUUUCAGCCUUCACCAGUCCCCUGGCAGAGGCCAAGGAAGUCUUUCAGGAAGGGUCGUGGUGUGCAGUUAAAAGUCACCUAACGGAGAAAAAUGCCCACCUCGGCAGCCUUGCAGUUCUCAGAAACACGUAGCACCGUGAAAAUCACCUUUAAAGAUGGUAAGAUUAUUUCCCCAAAUUCUUGGCCUCGGCCUCUCACUCUCCAGCCCACACUCAGGCUCUCAGGUCUUGCAGCAUCUUCCGCUGCUCUGGAUGCCCAGGGCCUUUCUUUGGGGUUUGGAGCAAGGAUGGACAGUCGGGGCAGUCCCCUGGCCGGGCGCUCCUCGCGUGAAGGCGACAGGGCUCCGCACUUUUCUCUCUUCCUUUUGGUCUUUACACAGGAGAUUAUAGGUACGUUUUUGCUGCUUCGUAAUACUUGCAGAUAUACCUCAUUUCCGUUUUCCACUCUCCCUCUUGGGAGAGCUGGCGGAGCCCGCGGCCAGGUGGAAACUCCUCCCCUGGCCCCCUCUGGUCUGCUCCCUUGAAUCCCACCCCCUGUCUUGCGUCUUCACUGGCUCCUCUGCCCUGUCUCUCCCUCUCUGUUCUGCAUGCCGCAGCCAGCGUGAACUUUUGGUGUCCGCAGCUGUAUGAAGAUAGAAUUUCACCCAGAGCAGUUCACCCAUUUCACGUGUACGCUUCGGUGGCCUUUAGUAUAUUCACAGAGUUGUGCGGCCCCAUCAUUAACUGUAGAUUGUUUUCAUCACCAAAAUGAACAAACCCUGUACCAUGAGCAGUGCCCUAUUCCCUUUUUCUCCUUGGCAACCAGUUUUGUCUCUGUGGAUUCGCCUGUUCUGAACAUUUCAUAAAAGGGGAAUCAUAUGCUUUGUUGGCUCCUUGUGACCGGCUUCUUUCACUGAACAUACUUCAGGGUUCUUCCGUGUUGUAACGUGUCUCAGUACCUCAUGUUGGUUUUAUUGCCCAUUGUACAGAUACACCAUAUCUCGUUUAUCCGUUCAUCAGUUGAGAGACAGUUGGGUUGUUUCUGCUUUUUGGCUAUUAUGAAUAAUGCUGCUAAAAUUCACACACAAGUUUUUAGACGGAUAUUUGUUUUCAUUACUCUGGGGUUUGUAUAUGGAGGAGUGGAAUUGCUGGGUCAUAUGGUAACUCUCUUUAACCUUUUGAAGAACUGCCAGACUGUUUUUCCAAAGGGUUAUUUUUUUUUCCCCUCUGCUAUGUUCUUCCACAUCUUCAUCAACACUUGUUAUUUUCUGAUGUAAAAUUGGUCUCUGGUUAGGGUUUCGAUUUGUGUUUCCCUGAUGGCUAAUGAUACCAGACAUCCUUCAUUUGGUUUAGGAAGAACAUCCUGUAAGAAGGUUUUUCCUGUUUCUCCUCUGCCUAAAACCUUUCCGAAGCUGCGCCGUUGCUGUUGGGGUGAAUUCUGAACUCCUUUGCCAGGUCGCAAGGUUGGUCGGUAUCAGCUGGUUCUCGCAUCCUCCCUGCUCUCUCCUCACCAGCUCCCUAGGCCCCUUUCAGGCCCUCCAGCCUCCCAGACUCUGCUCCUUGCUAUUCCUCCCUCAUGGAGAUGCACACACAGGCCCUCUUCUCUCUUCCUCAUCCUCAAGGCCUUACGACCUCUUCAGGAAGCUACCGGCGCCUUCCAGAGCCGAGCCAUGGGCCCUGCUGGGUGUCCCACAAAGGAGUCUCCUUACGUUCCAGGGUUAGCGUGUAAAGUCACGCCUAGGAUAAAAACGGAGCAGAACCACGCUUCCUCGCGGGAACCCCGAGGAAGGUGCCGUGUGGAAGCCCACUGUCUCGAGGUCCGGGGUCGCCGGUUCCUGGCCACGUGGGAGUAGAUCGUGGUGUCGUCUUUGGCUGAACGGCAGGAGAAGUGGCUGCCCUGCAGUUAGGGCCGUGUUGUGUAAGGGACACUGAUUUGUAGGCAUUAGACUCACAUUCAGGUGAGCAGCUGGCUUGUGAAGAGGCUCCUGGGAGCUGAGACAGGCCACGGGAGCAGCCCGGGCACCGCGUCAGGCCUCCUGCCUGUCCGUGCAGGGAGUGGAGGGACAGAUGGAUGGAAGGGCCCACUCGGCUUAAGGUUGUUCUCUUUUUCCCAACUUUUUCAGACAAAUGCCAUCUGUUUGCUCAAGUGAAAUGUGUGUGGAAUGCCAGAUCUGUUCUCGCCAAGCCUGUACACUGGAUUGGAAGUCCCUGUUCCUGCCUCGUCGUGUGCUAGACUGUGAGCUCCGUGAGAGCAGGGCCACAUCUGGCUUGUCUGGGGGUCCCGAGUCCAGGUACCGCACUGGCACCUGGCAGGUCCCCAGCUGUGCAUCCCGCAGCUGCAGGAACGGCUCCGACCUCCGAGGCCCCAGGGUCCUCCUCCGGGCCCAUCCUCGUGGUCCUGCCUUGCACACACAACCCUUCAUGUUCACGUUUGGAUUUCUCUGCUAGCAGCCCUAACAAGCAGGCAUCUCCAUGUUGUUGUUUCUGUUCUUCCCACCAGGCCAGUCCAGAGUUGAUGUUGCCUAGAAAGUGUUUAGUAAAUGCAUAAGUCGUGGUAACCCAACCCAGGACUGGUACCUUGUUUGCAGGCUAGUCUGCUUGAGAGGCAGGUUAUUCACCACUGCAUAAACUGUAUUUACAUAAGAAAGAAUCUCACUAAUUAGACCUCUGUAAAAUUCAAAUUUUGAUGAUUUGGCUGUAUCUGAGCUGAAGCUUUUAACUCAGCUCUACAAGGAUUUUGCUGGAGAGGCAUGUAGCAGUCACAUAGACCAGGAUAUUUUAGAAAGCAUUCAUCUGCCCCAGGAGAGCAGGAAAGGAAGCUGGCAGGUGGAUGAGAGGCCCCAAAGAGGGACCACUGGGCCAGGUCUUAGCAUCUGAUCCAAGGGGUCCGCAAAGUGGCAACAGUCCAAAGAAAUAGGACUUGUUCCGGCAGCAGCUCUUUUGCCUAAAGUAGCCUUUCCACCCGCACGCGGGGCACUUUAAAAAUUAUGGUAAGGAGUUCCCAUCUCAGCGCAGUGGAAACGAAUCUGACUAGGAACCAUAUGGUUGUGGGUUUGAUCCCUGGCCUUGCGCAGUGGGUUAAGGAUCCGGCGUUGCUGUGAGCCAUGGUGUGGGUCCCAGACACAGCUUGGAUCUGGUGUUGCUGUGGCUCUGGCAUCGGCCAGAAACUGUAGCUUCGAUUCAACCCCCAGCCUGGGAACCUCCAUAUGCUGCGGGUGCAGCCCUAAAAAGACAAAAGACAAAAAAGUUACGGUGAAAUGCUGACAGGCAAGUUGGAUGAAAGGUAACAGCAGAUGAUGGCCUCACAGAUUAAUUGCUGCACAAUAAGUUUGACGUGUAAGUAUUUGGUUUUCAGUCUUACAUAACAAGGAGUAAAUUAGAAUUUAAAUGAUUUUUUUCUUUGAACCAAAAGGGCAGAAUUUCUUUGAUAAUUGUGAGAACAGCAUACUGGCUUCGAGGCAGACUGUUAACGUAAUCUGACCAACAGUAAUGUAGGCCUUUUCUUACAUGUUCAUAAAAUAAAUCUUAGAAGAAGAAAAA